AUGAUUGGCAGUGUCUUCUUCAUCUUCAACCGCCUGGUUGAGAUCGUCUUCCUGAUCCCGAUCAUUGGCAUGCUGGCCUACUUCGUCGACGGCUACCUCAAAGCAAACCAACUCACACCCCCCUACAUCCUCGUCCUCUUCAUCGUCAGCGUAAUCGCCAUCUUCUGGGCCGUGGACACCCUAAUCCGCUUCUCAACAACAAAACGCUCAGCAAUCUUCGUCGCCUUCAUUGACCUGUGCUUCUUUGGCGCUUUCGUCGCAGGUGUCUACCAGCUACGCUUCAUCGCGAACGCAGAUUGCGCCAGCUGGCAUGGAGGAUCCGUCUGGAUUUCCCUGGGCCCGUUCGGGUCGUAUGGUGACAGGACGGAUAACCCGCUUGCGCUGGAUGUGAAUAAGACGUGUGCCAUGCUUAAGGCUUCGUUUGCGAUUGGUAUUAUGGAGGUUGUUUUCUUCUUUUGGACUGCGUUGCUGGCGCUUUUCUUGCAUCAUUCGCAUCGCGAUGUUGUUGUUAAGGAGACUACUGUUCGGAGACGGAGCCAUAGUAGUCGUCGUGGUCAUGGGUCUGGGUCGCAUCAUUCCCGUCACCGCAGUUCCAGCCGGAGGCCUUCGCACUAUGUUGUUUGA